AAUGACCUUGGAAUCAGGUCGUCAAACUGUUACCUUUGAAAUGGAUAGACGUUCUCCAGCCAGUAAUCGGUCAAAGCCUAUUGUACAACAACCUCAAAAUUACGAAGAUGAUUACGAAGCGGACGACGUCGAGCCAAUUAUGGAACAACCUCAAUUUCCCGUUCCACCACCCUACUGGCCAAAUCCUCUUGGUCCCAGGUUGGGUACGCAGUCGCAUCAGAUUUACGACCAACAGUACGAAACACCUCCAACUGCUCCAAUUCUUUCGAUGAGAAAUUACGCAACGCAAGAUCACCAGCAGCAAUUCGACGAUUAUCAAAUGUACCCGCAAUGUAUGGCUCAAUACGGCCAAGGUCAAAGCCACGCUCAAUGGACAACAUCUUCGUCCAGUUCGACGAGUGCCUACUGUAGACAAUGA